GUCCAUAAAACGAUGCCGACCCACCGCAGUGCAUAAAUAUUUUUUUCUUUGGGUCUGGCUAGAAAGUUUCAUGUCUUGGGUCCAAUUACGCCACUUCUGACCUUCUCAUGCACCCACAGGGACUUUUCAUUAACUUGCUGGGCCGAACUAUUUCGAGUUUGAAAUGUAGAAAAAUUUCUAUGCGUCAAAAAUUAUGCGUGCCCCGGCGGGAAUGUAAAAUUUGUGGCAGGCUGUGUCGUGGGAAAAUUGUUUUCAUAUUUCCCGGAAAGUUAGUUCGAUGUGCCACGUGCCUGAUUUUGAUUUUUCCUCUCAUUAUGCAGGCAGUACGCUUACAAUAUAAGUUAUUUUUAGGCUGAAUAGCAAACAAUUACAUAAACAUAGAAAUAAUUUUAUUUCAUUUUACAAAUGAAACGAUUCCUAGAACCGUUUGGAAAGGUCAAAUCGUUUUUAAUUAAAUACAAAAUUUGAGAAAAAAAACGGAGAGCCCGAAAAACAAUUGAAAAUCUUAUCAAGCCCUAAAAGAAAAGGGAAAAUUAACUACAAGCCACUGAAGCUAAAAUCGGGGUGGCUUAUAUAGAAAAUGGAAACCAUUAUGCAUUUUCUUUGCCAUUUUUUACAAACUCAUUUGGUUAGAAAAGCAAAAUGAGUAAUUAUUAAACUGUCGCCCAGGGGCUGAGAUUGGGUUAAGCAAGGGGAAGACCCCAAAGAGCGAAGGUAAGGGAAGUUUAAGGGCACUUUUCCCGUUCCAGGGGAAAAGGUGCAAACCCUAAACUUAACUUUCCUUCUUUUGGGAGCCGGAAAGAAGCUGGGAAAAAGAAAUAAAUUAACUUUUUCCGAGGCGGGAGCCGUUCUUCUUGGCUGGUUGGGCUCGGCAAGUGCUCGGUCCCCAUCAAUGUCUAAAUAAUGGACUGCUCGCCUUAUUAUUAACUGAAUGCUUUUUGAUCAUGCUAACGCAAAUUACAAGCUACGACACCCCGACUGCUUGCUCCCGCGCCUUUCAGCCAACCAGUGAAACAUUAUCUUGGCGCUGGUCCUGGUGUUACAUAUAACACUUUCGAAUUGAUAAGGACGGGGCGUGGACGGCGUCGACUCCAUCGUCAUUUGCCAAGUUGCCACUGUCAUUGUCUGGUGGCAUUUGUAAUUCACUUUGAUUAAAUAUGCAAGGAUGCUGGGCUCUCUCGCAGGACGCCACUGGUCGAGGACCGCAUUCAAAUGCCGCAGCAAUGCAACGACAGUCGAGGGACCCGAAAUCCAGCAAUCCACUAUCUCACUACACUGAAAGAAUAAUUGAAACUCCGAAAUAACCCCGAAGCUUAAUUUUCAUAUCUGACAUAUAAUGUGUUAUAAUAAUUAAAUAGUGAUCGUUUCAAAGAGAAAAUCAUACUCCACCCAACUUUUUUUAUUUUAGUACAGUUUCAAUCUUACUAUUUUAUACAAAAUGAUUUUAUUUGUUCAACAAAUAUUUGCUGAGUGCAUCGGGCCGCUUCUUAGU